CUGGACUGAGUGUGGUGAAUUCAAGUUGCCUUUAGGAAUGGCUGAAAAAGCCCACACCUGGAGAUCCCUCCCUCCCUGCCCCUCCACAGCAGGUCGCAUCUGGGAGACUCUCCAGUCAUUAGAGGAAUGAGCCGGGAGUGAGCAAUUCGCCAGCUCACCAGCACUGGGUGGAAAGCAGCAGGCAAGGAUGGAUGUGGUCAACAGCCUUCUUGUGAAUGGAAGCAACAUCACCCCUCCUUGCGAACUAGGCAUCGAAAAUGAGACGCUUUUCUGCUUGGAUCAGCCCCAUCCAUCCAAAGAGUGGCAGCCAGCUGUGCAGAUUCUCUUGUAUUCCUUGAUAUUCCUGCUCAGCGUGCUGGGGAACACGCUGGUCAUCACGGUGCUGAUUCGAAACAAGAGGAUGAGAACCGUCACCAACAUCUUCCUGCUGUCCCUGGCCAUCAGCGACCUCAUGCUCUGCCUCUUCUGUAUGCCGUUCAACCUCAUCCCCAACCUGCUCAAGGAUUUCAUCUUCGGGAACGCUGUUUGCAAGACCACCACCUACUUCAUGGGCACCUCUGUGAGUGUAUCCACUUUUAAUCUGGUCGCCAUAUCUCUGGAGCGAUACGGUGCGAUUUGCAAACCCUUACAGUCCCGGGUCUGGCAGACGAAAUCCCACGCUUUGAAGGUGAUUGCUGCUACCUGGUGCCUCUCCUUUACCAUCAUGACUCCGUACCCGAUUUAUAGCAACUUGGUGCCUUUUACCAAAAAUAACAACCAGACCGCAAAUAUGUGCCGCUUUCUACUGCCAAAUGAUGUUAUGCAGCAGUCCUGGCACACGUUCCUGUUACUCAUCCUCUUUCUUAUUCCUGGAAUCGUAAUGAUGGUAGCAUAUGGAUUAAUCUCUUUGGAACUUUACCAAGGAAUAAAAUUUGAUGCUAGCCAGAAGAAGUCUGCUAGAGAAAGGAAACCGAGCGCCGGCAGCAGCGGCCGAUACGAGGACAGUGACGGGUGUUACCUGCAGAAGUCCAAGCACCCACGCAAGCUGGAGCUUCAGCGCCUGUCGCCCGGCGGCAGCGGCAGGGUCAACCGCAUCAGGAGCAGCAGCUCCGCGGCCAACCUGAUGGCCAAGAAGCGGGUGAUCCGCAUGCUCAUGGUCAUCGUGGUCCUCUUCUUCCUGUGCUGGAUGCCCAUCUUCAGCGUCAACGCCUGGCGGGCCUAUGACACGGCCUCCGCCGAGCGCCACCUCUCGGGGACCCCCAUUUCCUUCAUCCUCCUGCUCUCCUACACCUCCUCCUGCGUCAACCCCAUCAUCUACUGCUUCAUGAACAAACGGUUCCGCCUCGGCUUCAUGGCCACCUUCCCCUGCUGCCCCAACCCUGGUCCCCCAGGGGCGAGAGGAGAGCCGGGAGAGGAGGAGGAAGGCAGGACCACCGGGGCCUCGCUGUCCAGGUACUCAUACAGCCACAUGAGCGCCUCUGCCCCGCCCCCGUGACUCCACCCCGGCCCCCCAGCGCCGAAGGAGGGAUGGGGGGACUGAGGAAGGAGCGAGCGAAGGAGGAGGGGAAAGGAGGCGAGAAGUGAGGGAGACGAAAGGCUCCAUUUCCAGGGGUGACUCUUGUCCGCUUUUCAUCCUUCAUCCAGGUUCUGGGAAACACUGCUGGGGGUGGGGCCAUGACUUGGUCUCUAGGCAGUUCAGGGCAGGAAAUGUUCAAUAUUAUUCGCCAUCAG